AUGGGGAUUCAAGAGGAGUCGGAGGUAGACCAAGAAGUUUUGGAUUAUCUGAAUUUGGAUCCCCAUGAUGAUGGACCUCCAGGGUGUGGCACUCCAGGGUGCACCGGUUGUGAAGACGACCAUGUUCCUCGGUUGUUGCCGACCCUGGCGAACCAAAUGACAGUGUUCAAAAGGAACAUCCCUGCUCCAACCCAGAUGUCACCUGUCCUAGGGCGCAGCUCUUAUAUCGAUGAUAUCGCGCAUGCCACACCAACUUGGGAUGCGUUGUGCGCUGUCUUGGACGCUCUGCUAUAUAGGCUGCGGUAUUGGGAUAUCUCAGUGAGUCUGCCGAAGAGCGAGUUCGGAAAAUUGUCCAUCCCGUAUUUGUCGCAUGAGAUUAGCGAUGAAGUGAUCAGGGCGACACCGAAGAUCGAUAUGGGAGUUCAGGAUUUAUCGGUCCCAUCUACCCUGAAGGGAGUGCAAUCUUUCUUGGGCAGUCUGAAUUAUUUUCAUAAAUUCAUCGAAGACUACCCUGUGGUUGCAGCUUCCCUGUAUGAACUCUCGGAUGACCAGGUGCGUUCAGGGCGAGAUCUCUCCAGGGCAAAGCAGGCGUUUGAGAUCCUGAAACACAAGAUCGUAUCGACCCCAGUAUUGAGACACCCUGACAGGACCAAACCGUUUGUCAUAAUGCCCCAUGCAAAUCAAUGGGCUGCUUGUGCAGUCCUGGGUCAAGAACAUGACGGUUUGAUCCAGCCAGUGCGUUUUACAGGCCGGGUUCUCCACGAUGCGGAAUUGAGGUAUCACAUCGCAGAAAAGGAAGUCAUCGCCGUGCUGAGGGUACUACAGGUGUUCAGGACGCUCAUUCAGGGUUGCCCACUAAUCGUGUACACUAGACACUCGGUUCUGAAGUGGAUCAUGAAAUCCAAGACCGCAGAUGGGAUAUGUGUGCCCUGGGGCGUUCUACUUUCGCAGUGGAAUCUGGAUCUCAGGAAGGUCCAGCGAGACGAAGAUGGACUAGCAGCCAUCCUGGGCGCUGGCACCACACCUCGAGAGCAUUUAGAUGAAGUUGCCGAGGAACACAUUACCGCCAAGGCGCGUGCGAAACCGCCAUCGAUAAUCAGCGUGGAGAUGUUGAAGAUACCUUCCAGGGCAUCGUUUUGA